UGAAAUCACCAUUUCACGAACAGCCCGCAAGCAAAAGUGCACCCCCUCUUCACCUCCCUCCUUGUCCCUCCAGGUCUCUUUCCCCACAUCUCCUAUCUCUGCGCCAUGUCUUGCCUCUCGCCUGCUCCUCCUCGCGGGCUUCAGGCGGUCAUCCCCGUUGACCCUCCGCCUUCGAAGCGCGAGAAGGUGGCGCGCUAUCUGCAGCAAAAGAAAGAGCAGUUUGAUCAAUAUCAGCGUCUGCUGAAUCAACAGCGCACCCAGCUCAUGCGCCAGCGACAGGAUGGAAGCCGAGAUUUUCGUGGAGCUGGCGCAGGGGCUGGGAGCUCUAAGGCACCGAAUUUUUACAGACUCAUGUCGACCUCGUCGUUCACCACAUUUGCGCGCGCCAGCCAGCAGCAACAGCAGCAGCGCCAGCAGCAGCAAUCGAAAUCUGAAUAUGAGACCAGCACGAACGGGAGCAGUAGCGCUGCACCUAGCGUGUCAGAAGCGAAGACGCUGACCGAUAAGAACGGCGAGAAGCUCGUUAUGUUUCCCUCAUAUGCUCGUCGGCUAGACAACGGGCUUGUCGAAAUCGACAUUCGUGGCUGGGUAUACGCACCCGGAGGCGCUACUCGAAAGAACAAGAUAUUCACCAGCGUCGUGCGACAGCUGGUUGGUGUGUCUGCUGCGGAAGCUGCUGAUUCAGAUGCUUCGUCAGCAGCGACUGUCGGCACCUCCAGUCCAGCGUCGUCUAUCUACGGCAGCUCGAGUAACUCUGCUCGCGCAAGGACAUAUUCGUCGAUACCCAAAAACACCUCUUCCAUCAGCGUCGGCUCUGUGAUAUCAAACAGUCCAAGCGAUCGCGGAUCCCCGUCUCCGUCCAGACGCGGUUCAUUCAAUCAGAUCGGGAACCGAUACGACCGUUCUUCGUCGCCUGUAUCUGAGGCGGUAAUGAUCCCGCGCUCAGCUCCAAAGACAGACCGAUCGGUCUCGUUUUCGCGCACUGCUCGCUCAUAUUCCCAUUCCCCUGGUAACCGGGCUUUCUCGUCCUCGCCGCGCAGAGAUACCUAUUCAUCUGCCGCGCAACAAGCGCGAGGUAUCAGGCCCGACGACAUCUCCGGUGCUGUGAUCAACAACAAGAACUUUGUCCAGCCGACGUUGGUUGGCGAGCGACAGCCUCUACUGUCUUCGAGUCCUUCGGGGAAGAGAAGCACAAACUAUCUCAUCAAUCUCGAAUCCGAUACGGAGUCUGAUUAUUUUUCGUCAAGCGACGACGAUGAAGAGGUUAUCGAGAAUCAUCACCAGACCGUGGUUGUCGACAGACGUGCCUCGCCUGCGCGUUCAAUGUCGCGGAGUUCCAUCGGCCGACCUCCUCUCGUACGUCCUGCUAUCAGCGGUAACGACAUCCGUCGCCAGCAGUCGUUCUAUUCGAACCAGGCAAACGGAUCCAUGACCUCGAUCGCAGGCCACAACAGUGAGGUUGUCGCCGCAAACGCCGACAACGCUCCUCUGUCAUCGCCUACAUCCGUCAGCAGAGGCUCUUAUUUCCCUGACUACACUCGCCGCAGUUCGAUCUUGAGCUUGUCUCGUUCCUUCUCGAUGAAUGGAAGCGGCGGUGGAUUCCAAGCGCUUUCUGGCGCGAGCCCUGCAAGAAGUUCGAACGGCAAGGACAAAGCCACCAAGGAUCAGGCUGCAGCACCUCCUCCUUUACCGCCUCGUCCUAAUCUCAUUUCAUUCCCGUCCGUCUACAAUGCGGAGAAGACCAUGCAAGAACGAAUCGCGCCGUUUAUUUCGCGGCCUAUCUCAUACGAAGCUAUCACGAUCAACGUCGGCUCAACCGAUACAGAGGAGUACAGUACCUAUAAUGUGUUCACUGCCGAUAGUGGCCAUUUCGGAGUCCGAUUGCGUUUGAAUUAUGAGCCGUCGAUUUCUUGCGUCGAGUGCGGCGAUGAUUUGAUCACUGUUCAGGAAGUGAAGGUUAUUGAGCCGUUCGGCGUCAGUGUUAUCAGUGAUGUUGAUGAUACGAUCAAGCACACUGGAAUCACGGGUGCGAAGAAGGGUAUAUUUCGAAACGUAUUUGUUAAAGACUACAGCGAGCUGGAAAUCAAGGGAGUCGCCAGCUGGUAUCAGCGUCUAAGUGAUAUGGGAUGUCCGAUUCACUACGUCUCCAAUUCGCCAUGGCAACUAUUCCCCUCGAUUUCCAAAUUUCUUCGGCGCGCUGGACUCCCGGGAGGCUCAAUGCAUCUGAAGCAUUACAACGGUUUCCUCUACGGACUUCUCGAACCUGCUGUUGAGCGAAAGAGGUUUAAUCUCGAGUCGAUCCUGGCUGAUUUCCCGCACCGGAAAUUCAUCUUGGUCGGUGAUUCAGGCGAGAUGGAUUUGGAAGCAUAUGUCAAUCUUGCGUGUAACUUCCCCGAUCAAGUUCUUGCGAUUUAUAUCCGAGAUGUGACGACGAUGUGCUCAGAUGACGACGAUGCCUGUACUAUGUCUCAACUAAACGGGUUCUUCACCAGCUCUGUUCCUCGACCGGACGAGAUCGAUGACUUACUUGUCGACGACUCUGGCUGGUGCUGUGGCGGUAAAGGCGACGCUGACCGAUACUACAACCGUCCGCACUCUCCGCCGCCAUUGAUGCCGAAGCCGGCGAAUCUGAGAAGCAACAAAAUCACAACGCCACCAGGGCCAACAAGUACAGCUUGGAACUCGACACCCACUCCUUCAGGCGGAAGUAUCAAGCAGCAACAGCAAGCCCACGAGGCGCCAAAGGUGCCGAAGAAGCCCAGCAGUUUGAAGUCGCAGCCUGUACAGCUCGUGGCUCCGCAGCCUACAUAUCCUACUGGCCCAACCGGCGGUGCGACUUGCGAUCUACUCUCGUCGUCUGCUGCGUCCUCGGUCUCUCCGCUUGCCGCACGACUAGCAGAGUACUCUUCGACUUUUGAAAGUGGCUCGCCCGAGUCGCCAGAGAUGCCGAGCUAUAUGAGCGGCAAGCAGCAGCAGCAGCAACCCUUGCUUGGGAAAGGCAGCGCAAGCAAGCUGCCAUCUACCCACGUCACGAACUCCACCGGUCUGAACGGCACCACCGGUUCGUCGUCUGCCAGCCAAGGCAACAUAAGCAGCCUCUCGACCAGCAUCAAGGCAGCCAAGUCCUCGACCGCCAACCCACCUAAUUACAACAGCAUCCAGCAGCAAGAGCAUCAGCAUCAAGCAGCAUCCGACGCAAGCGCCGACACUUCCUCCCCGCCCAAGAAACGCGACGUCACCUUCUCCGACGACCACGACAAGUCCGACCACCACAAACCACCUCUCCCCCCACGCCCAGCCGACAUCGCGCGCUCGGUCGCCGGCGCCGCCGUCGCCUCCGCCGCAGGAAAUAAGCAGCACGCAUCAGACAUUGCCUCCUACGCCUACCGCGCCUGCAUCGGCCAAGGCCGCGGCAACAGCGACAACGAGCCGCUCGACAAGAAGCUCGCGCUGUGGAAGAAGCGCGUCGCGCGCGCGAGAAUGAUGCUCCCGAACGGGAUCAGGCUGCGUAUGUGGCGCAUCGGCGACGACGUCGGUGACGAGUGCGAGGGUAUUGUCAAAGCGUACUUGGACCAGCUCGAGAGCGAGAUGAUCAACUAAUUUCCUGUUUGUUUUCAUUUUCGGAAAAUUAUGAGUUUCUGUUUCUUUUUUUCUGUUUGCGGAGUUUUAAUUGUAGGAGCUCAUAUUGUUUGUUUAUUUCCUCAU